UUUGUCAUAAGUUGAGCCGUGUUGCUCUGUCCACAAGCUAGUUCCAAACUUGCUGCUUUCAUCUUCGUAAAAAGAAACUUUUUAUUUGGUGGUACAACGGGGGCGUUUUCCUCGUUCUGGAAUCGCACUUCUGUGCGAUGGGGUGUUUCGGCAACAACAUUACCGAUGAGGAACAAGAAACGAAAAGGCAUCAGAAAAGUACCAACAAAAAGAUCGAAAAGCAACUCCGAGAUGAUAAAAUUGCAUACCGAGCUACUCAUCGUCUCCUCUUACUUGGUAAAUGGCUGUAGUAAUCGGGUUUGAAAGUGGUUGAUUUUGGUUAUGAUCGAAUAAGUAAUAAGUGUUAUUUCUAACCUCCAAGGGGCUGGAGAAUCUGGAAAGAGCACGAUCGUCAAGCAAAUGAGGAUUUUACACGACGUACAUGGUUUUACGGAGCAGUGAGUGUCCACCUAUUCUGUCACAGUUGUUUAGCAUACAAAUUAUUAAGAGUGAGGAAGGCAAGCUAGCGCCGAUCGAGCAAGAAUUAUUCAUAAUGGACGUCUUGUGUUAAUCUCCGUCUUUGCUUCGUUUCUCACAGGGAAAAGAGGCAAAAAAUAGAAGAUAUAAAGAAGAAUAUUAGAGAUGCAAUAUUGGUAAGACUAGCCUAUUUACAAUCUACCACCCACAUUUAGCUCGCGAUUCGUUGCGAUUUCACGGCUUUUUUCGAUUCCUUUCGCUUCUAUUUUUUUGUAAGAUACAUAAUUCUUGUGUUUUAGACCAUUACAGGGGCUAUGCCGACGUUAACUCCGCCGGUGAAGUUAGCUAACCCUAAUAAUCAGUUCAGAAUCGACUACUUGCAUGAAGUGGCCACGACGCCAGACUUCGACUAUCCCCCGGUAAGGCGAGAUGAUAUUUUGCUAUAAUCGUUAUCUUUAGAAGUUUAGUUUCUCUGUAAAAGAACGGUGAAAGCAUCGAAAGUAAAUUUCGAUAGAUCAAGUUUUAAACGAGCGGUUUCGCUCGUAGUUUAGUACACAUUUCUAAUUAUGGAAACCAGAAGUUUGAGCAGAGGGCAGUCGAGCGCUUUGAACAAACAUAAAUGUGUUUUCGUCUUGUGCUACCUUUCUUGGCCCGGAUUUAUGUAACUUUUCGCUAUUUCUUUUUUUUAGGAGUUCUAUGAACACACAAAGAUAUUAUGGCAAGAUGCGGGUGUGCUCGAAUGCUUCGAACGAUCGAAUGAGUAUCAACUUAUCGACUGUGCGCAAUAGUAAGUCUAUUUAUUAUAACAUCUUCUGGGCUUUUUACAUGGUCAAGACGUUGAAAUACUCAUAUAUUUUGUCAUCUCGAUGAUAUGUUCGCUUCACAAGCGCGUUUUCUCGCUUUGUUUGGUAGAAAAUGCGCUUACUGAGCUAUUUUUAUAGUCUUCGUCGAGUGUUCAACGUAGCCAAGGGGUUUUAGGAAGAUGGCAGUGUUUACAAACUAAGUAGCCCCGACAAAAUGGCUGGAAAAGAAUUAUUAUUCGUGGUCAUAGAACUUCUUAGAUGUUAUUUUCUGCCAGUGAGGAAUGUUUCCUUUUAAUUCCGUGUAAGCAUGUUCGCUAAGGAUUAUUUAUUUUCUAGCGGUUUUUAGAAGCGAUAAAAUCGUGAUUUUAUGUUCGAAAACCUCUGUCACGCUGUUGUGCGAACCGUUGUGAGUAAGAAGCCAUAUGCGAACGGAGAGUGUUUCCUUUACUUGGACUUGUGUUUUGUGUCCGGUACGCUUCGGCGUCUCAUGGUUUUUAUCCAUAAUGAUUUUGAUGCCAUUUAAGUAGUUGGUAAACGGUUUCGUAGAUAUUCUUGGCGGUCGGGCUGUCAAAUGAUAAACUAAAGGAUAAUAUUUGAAAGCCGAUUUCUGAUGGGAUGUACCUCUAUAGGGAAGAAACGUUGUGAUCGCUAUACGAAACCUAGAUAGAACGAUACAUAUGCUUCCAGUUUGAUUGAAUGCACUCCGCUAGAAAUUUUUACCGUAAUUUGGAAUACGUAGUCUGUGGUUUUGGAAUGGAAAAAUUAUGAAAGUACCGGUUCUCUGUCAUGAAAACUGUGAACCAUUUCUCAGCCAACUUUGUUUUGAAUUGGUUUCCAUGCAGAAACUAAGACAGCUCAAUGAUAGAGAAACUCGCAGUGUUCCGAAUUUAUUAAGCUAGGUUUUAUUGUUGAUAAAAUAACAUCUAAUGUUUCUGGUUAAAUGACCGUUGAGCAGAGAAUAAGAUCUUUGUUGAAGUACCAAAUGAUCUUAGCACGAACUCACCGAUCGAAAUUUAUUUUUUUGUCGAUUUCAUUUCAUCAAUGGCUACGGAAUAUAGCAUUUCGAGCGGAUCUGUACAUGCUGUAUCCGUAAUAAUUGUGAAGGUGGCGUAUUGAAAACGUAUAAACCGUCUAACAUUCUUAAAAAGUGGUAUUUUGAAUUAUAAUUCGAACUGACCAGACAGAAGAAGAAGAAUUCUUCACGAAAACGGAUCACUGCCUGUAGGUAGGGUCAUUCACAUGAAUCCUAUUUUUAGAUCAAACAUACAGACUCAGGCAGGUUCGAUUGAAAUGAGGUCUGGAAGUGUUUGGCUGUCUAUUCGUGUGUCUCCUCGGCAGAAAUAGAUCAACAGCAUAUUCUUGUUUGCCAGAUUCAAAGCAUUUGCUCACUCACAAGAGAGAAACAUUGUUGGAUCUUGACAUUUCACUUGCAAGUAGACAUCUGCAUGUUUCGAGUUAUAUCAUCGAUCCCUCAGUCUCAUUCUUUUUUUGUGAGGGCUACUAUUCGUUGAUGCUGAAUGUUUUCCCCAUCCACUAAUAGAAAUGCUUAGGUUAGAACAAAUUUUUUUUUAAAUUGAUGUAUAUAAGGUAAAAUCAUUUCAUAGUGGAAAUGUGUAAAACAUUUUUCAUAUAUAUAUAUAUAUAUGUGUGUAGUAAAGGUUAAGAGGCAUAUUUUCUAGUGGUUACAAUAGUACUUUGCUCAAAUUGAAGGGAUAUUUUUCAUACAGACUUGUGUUGUUGUAAACAUCAAACCAUUUUGUCUUUUUAGUGCUAGAUAAUUCUCUGUGUAGGUAAAAGCUAAGAUUGUUUUGAAGCUCACCUAAGUUCUAUUUCUGAUAGUAUGCAAAGGGAAUAUUCUUUAUAUAAUUUAAACUAAGACAUGCCAAAAGAAAUGUUUUCAUAUUCUGGGUAUUUAGAUUCAUCUUGUUUUUACCAUUGAAUAUGGAUGGUUAUUUACCCUGAUUGUUUACUUGUUUGUUUGUUGUUUGCUACAAUUUACUGAGGAUAGAUGUUGCUAAAAAUCAUAAAUAGAUUAUUUCAGUAGUGUUAACUAACCAAUCUUUCUUUAAAAAUUCUAAAUUUAGUUUGCUUCAUAUUGUGUCAGAGCAAGAAAAACAUUUGGACUUCUUUUGACUUGGUAGAGUUUUUACAUUCAAUCAGUUGAGUUAAAAUCACAAGAAAGAUGAGAAAACAGGCUCUGUAAAUGUGGAUCUGCACUGUUUUAUCAGUGUAUGAGCGAUUUUGCUUUUCAUUUGGAAGUAGCUAGUGUGUUUCUUCAAUGUAUGAGCAAAAGAGAGCAAAAAUGUUUUUAAAAAAUUCCUUAACAGCUUCCUUCUUGAAGUUCAGUCACUGUUUUACAUAGCUAUCAGUAGUGCAGGUAUUGAUAUAAACAUUUCUUGUACUUCAUAAGCUGUUUUGUAGUGGAAAUCAAUGAAUGGUGAGGGAAAAACCCUCAUCAAAUUAUACUGAAUGCAUUUGGGCAUUGCUUCUAAUGCAAUUACUCGCAUUAGAACUUCACUGUUGCAGUAUUCAAUUCUACUUUGUUGCUAUAUGUAAAAGUUAAUUGUUGUUGCAAGCUUAAUAUGAGAAGAUGUGAAACAGUUCAUGGAAAAAGUCUCUUCUGUUGAUUAAGACUAAUCUAUGACUUAGCUGUAGCUUAUUGCAUAAGGGGAAAAUUUAAUGAACUAUUGCAGAAAAGGCUAAAACUGAAAACUUGUUCUGGUUUAAUGAGCAGCAGACACACACACACACACAUAUAUAUAUAUAUAUAUAUAUAUAUAUAUAUAUAUAUCACCUUUACAUGAUUUCCUCAAUAGCUGGAUUCUAUCUUUUAAUCAAACUUUUCUAUAAUCCAGAAAGUACCUUGUGCUAUUAACAAGUAGGUGCCACACCUAAGGUGUUGGGUGUAAACUGUAAUGUUCAUCACAAUCGUUAAAACAUUUCCUCCUUCCCCUCCUUGUCAAUGUUUAAGGGUUUUAAUAACUUUAAGUUGACGGCAAAGAAAUCAGGCUGCUAUUGGAAGUUUGUUCUUUACUCAAAUGUUGAUAGUUUCAGAGAAUUUAAGCUGCAAUUUUUGCUUUUAAUAAAGACAGCAAAUUUUGCCUGUUGUCCACUUUUAUUGAAACCUCUGAAUGUUGGUAAGAGGAAAAUUGGACUGCCUUAACCCUUUCACUCCUAAGAUUUAUUAGUAAUUCUCCAUACUGUCUGCCAUAUGAUUUGUAUGAUGUUACUUUGGAGAAUUUGGUAUUAGAUCAACUUGUUAAUAUCCUAAUUGAUAUAUUUUUUUUUAUUCUCAUCACUUGUUUGCUGGAUAUUGUAUUAAGAUUGUGAGGAGGAAUUCUGUCUUGGUCACUCAUGGGAGUUUAAGUCUUAUAAAAACUGAACAUUGUGAGGGGAGCAGGGUGUUUGAGCAAAAUUUGGCAAGGGUAGUCUGCAGAGUGAAAUGGCAUUACUUUCACUGUCAACCCAUCACUGUAGGCAACAUUAAAAAGAUGAUAUUUUACUCAUCCUACUAAGGCCCAGGAAACUACUACUAUAUCUUGUUCUACAUUUGGAAAUUCUGGAGUGUUUUUCUUGGAAAGAAUUAUUGACCUUUGACAUAAUGCUUACCUGAUUUGUCCUGGAAACAAAAAUAGUAUUUUUCUAUGAUAAGUAGUGAUUUAUGAAAGCAAUAUUUUGUGAUGAGAGUGCAUCAUGACUCUGGAUUUGAGAUCAGUUUUCCGUUGGCAAACCAUGUGAUGUUAUAAAACAGACAUGGUACUUCACUUUAAUGGUAGAGCUCUUUACUAAUGGUAAAUUUCUUGAAUUUAAAUCAUGGCUACAAAAAUUUUGACACGAGCAAAUAUGUACCUCUAUAUUGUACCAAGAAGUGACUUCUUCCAGCUUUCUUACUCACAACAUAUUUAUGUCAGGUGGAAAUUUCACACGUUUUACACCUGAAGGAAAGUUUUUUUGCAAAGGUUCUGUCAUUGUACAUGUGGUUUUAGGGUAAUGAAGAAGAAUGAGAGUGGAAUUUGUAUAAUUUGGACAACCCAUAGCGAACCACAGUUAUUGAAUAUUUUGGCUGCAAAUAGUCUCUGUUUCACCUGUGUUUAAGUUGUCACGAUGUGGUAUAAUUUUACAGACAAUCCUUUUCACAUUUGUUGAACCAUUUCCCUCUUUUUUAUGUUAGUAACAGGAAAAUUGGACAUUUUGAGAACAUGCAUUAUUGAGAAGAGAACAGGGUGUUUCAACAAAUCUUGAGGAGUGUUUUAGAUUUUCCUGAUGGUUGUGGGUCUGCUAUAUGAGUGAGAAUGUAGAAGUAAUUUGAAUCUGAUACUCAGUGGGGGUAUUGAAAUUCACUAGUGCUAUAAAUAGCUUUGUUUGUUGUCUGAUUCAUUUGUCUGAGAAAGAAAGUUUAAUGGCAAACCGGGUUCAGGUUUUAUAAUUAUUUAAAUGUUGGCUAUAGAAGGAAAAAAAUUAACAGACAUCCAUGUUAAAAAAAUUGUAGUUACUGAGUACAACAGCUCAAAACUUACUUUGCAGUUUACUCUGGUAUUGGUUGUUGGAUAGUGCAGUGCCAGAAAUAAUUAACUGCCACAGCUAAACAUUUAGGGGUAAAUUUUAGGGGAUUUAAAAAGUGUAAGAGGUGGUCAAAGAGUUAUAUUUCGUCUGAUGAUGAUGUGGUUGUGUUCGUUUUUCUGUGGAAUGACCUGGGAAUGAAAUAUGAUCUUCAUGAAGGAUGUGAACAAAAUCUGCCUCGGUGUUUUUUGAGGAAAUUGCUUUUUUGUGUUUUGUUUUUUUCAAACUUUAAAAUAUGAUUAUUCCUUAUUUCAUCAAAUGUUUUUUGAAUAUGCCAGCACCAACUACCUCUAUGGGUAAUGUAUUCAUGAGCCCACCUCACAUGUAUUUUUUUUUUUUUUUUUUCAAAAAAACAAAACAAAAACAGAAAAAACCUUUAUUAAGACCAAGUGUUUCUCUUUUUUUCACAACUAUUCUCUUAGAUAUUUUGAUCAAACAAAAAUAAGCAUAAAACAUUGAAAGUGUUUCGAAUACCAGUCAGAUCAUAGCCCUAUGUGACUUAAACAGUGUUAGUUCCUAUGAUGUGACAGCCUUAUGAUGUUACAUAACGUUAAUAAGAGUCAUUUCCCUCUAAAUGUAAGAGUGACCAAUAUCUAAUUUCUCCUUACAAUAUUAUGGCUGAAUCAUUCAUUAAAAUCUUGAGAAUAAAGGAAAUGAUCACCACUAAAAGAAGCUUUGAUUGUUAAUCAAAUUCUCCUUGUCAGCGCUUAAAGAAAUGUAUGGAGAGCAGUAUGGAGAUUAUGGAUACUGAUGUUAGGGUGGAAAGGGUUAGGCAAUUUUAGUGGGAUGAUAUUUGCAAAAGCAAUGGCUAUUCUGAAUUAAAAACCAUAUCUUAUUGAUGUUUCCCUCUAUUUCAAAUCUUAUGAUGAAGUGAGCCUUUCCAAUUGUUAUUAAAGUAUUCUGCCAAAAGACUGAAAAUCAAGGGUUGAAUGGGUUUCUGUCAGCUCUGAGGUAUAUUGUGGAGUUUUAUGUGUGUCACAGUUUGAAAUUUAUUGAGAAAUUUGUUUUAAGGGUGACUGCUUACUUUGUUUUACUGUAUACUACAAGUGUUACAUAUUAUUGCAUGCUUGAUGUAGUUAUGGUCUUGAAUUGGCUGAAUGAAUGAACUAUAAAUAGAUUGAUAAAUAGACAAUUUCUGUGGUUCAAAAUUUUUCUUCUUGGUGUAAUAUUUUACAAACCAGUUUGACUUCACUUUUCUUUUUUUGGAUUUUGGUGGGAACACUUUGGAAAGGGAAUCAAAAUUACAUUGAUGUGAUGAUGAUGAUGAAUCAAGAAAAUGUUUGAACUGCACCAUUGAUCUGUAGAUGGAAAAUUUUGUGUACACUAUACAUGACUUUCUUAGAGAGAAAGGAAAGGAAAGUUGGUUUGUGUUUGAUGUUGAGAUUCACAACCACAUGCUCUAUCAGAGCCAUGGUAUAUUAUAUUUUAAUAUCAGCAAUUUAAAAGAUGAAUUAAUUUUUCCUAUUUGACGUCAUCAGUGGGGAAUUCGCAAUGUGCAUGAAUCAUCAAUAUCCAUAGAAGCCUGCGUCUUGUUAUUGAUAUUGAUGUAAUAAAUUUAAACACAACAGACUAUUUUUAUCAUCCUAUCCAACAGCUGAAAAAGAAAACAAUUGUUUCUGUUUGUCAGGGUGGCAGGCCACUAUCACUUUUCAGUGGUAAAAAUACCAAAAAAUUAUAAAAAUUUAAAAUAUGAAAUUAGGGCUGGUUUAAAAUAUUGUUGGGUGAUGACAAAGCUUUUAAGAGGUCAACAAAACCAAAGGGGCUAGAAGAUGUCUUCUUUUAAUAGUCAUCACUGCCAGAUGCUAAGAGAACAAAGAUUUUUUUUUUCAAAUACAAAUGUGACAAAAUGAGGAAAAAUCUGAGACCUGUGAAGGAAGCAAACUGCAUAUUUCUAUUUCUAGGGAGGUGAUCUGGCUACCAGGAACUGGUUGUCAUAAAGCCACAUCUCUUUCAUUGUUCCUGUAGGAGGUGUAUGAGUUUCUCUCAAGGGCAUAUAGUAUACCCACUAUCUCACCUUUCUUUGCUUUUUUUAGUUCAAUUUUUGUAGAGUACAAUAUUUGGACAUUUAAGGAAUCUGAAGACUUUUCUUUAAGAAGAUUGAUUUUCAUCUUCAAGAUUCCUAAAAUAGCUCAAUAAUUGCAUAUUUUGAUAAAGUAUAUCUGAGAUACUCAAGCAUAAUUAUGCACUGUGUGAGAUCAAUUGAGUGCUUCAGAAAUCAAUUUUCCUUUUAUGUAAACUGAAUUUUUCCAAGUGAAAAAUUCAGUAUUGACUUGUUAGUCUGUUUGAUAGUAAAAAGUUGCUUUGAAAGGUAUUGUGGCAAAUUAAAAGGCCUGAAGGUGGCUGGAUGUAUUUUUAUUCUUUUUUUUUUUCCUCUCCAGUUUUUUGGACAGGGUGGACACAGUGAAACAGCCAGACUAUCUUCCAGUGGAACAGGUUGGUGCACUGAAACUGAGACAAGAAGGCUGUAACUCUUAAAACUGUAAUGGGUUUCUGUUUUGGUAGUUUUUAUUUAUUUUUCUUUUCAUAAGCUUUAAGGUACUUCAUGGUUUUGAUAUUUUUUGGAUUGCCUGUAUUUGGCUUGGGUACACGAUGAUAUCACUCUUUUCUUUUAUUGAUGUCUGAACCCUUUAACCCCUAAAUCAUCCUGACAAUAAUGCUGCUAAAUCAAACACGAGAGUCACAAGAAUAAAAGAAAUGAUUGCCAACGUAGGGAGCUCUUGACUGUGAAACAAAUUAUUAUUGUGAGUAACCUGGAAAAUAUAGAGAAAACUGCUCUAAUUUUAAGGCGUGAAAGGUCAAAAUCUCUGUUGGGUAGUGCUGUGUCUCCAUACCUUACUGUUUUAGUGUAUAAUAGAAGUUAUAUUAAAAGCUUUCUGAUUUUUGCUUGACCUGAAAUAUGCAUUUUCCAGGAUCUGCUCAGAUGUCGAGUUCUGACUUCAGGAAUCAUUGAAACAAGAUUUAAUGUGGAUAAAGUGAAAUUCCAGUAAGUUUUCUGAAGCUUUUUAUAUUGUUUAUUGAUGUAAGGUCUCUGAUUUGCAUAUGUUAUUCCUAGUGUACUCUGUUAUAGUAUUCAUUAGUUAAACCUUUUUAAAUCUGAUGAUUAUUUUCUAGAAGUUUACUAAUGAGUAAACUGGAACAAAGGAAAUGUUCAAUUACUUUACUCAUGAGAUUAUGUUUUAACCCUUUAACUCCCAAGAUCUCAUCAGUAAUUCUCCUUUCUGUCUCCCAUACAGUUCUUGUGAUGUUAGUUUGGAGAAUUUGAUAUUGGAUCAACUUAUAGUCCCCUAAGUGAUAGUUUUCUUCUUUCCCAUCACUUUACUGCUUGAUAUUGUAUUGAUAUUGUAAGGAGAAAUUCUGUCUUGGUCACUCGUGGGAGUUAAAGGCUUAAAUUAUUUGGAAAGGAAUCGGCUAAAGGAGUCUAUUUUUAUCCUUACAGCAUGUUUGAUGUGGGUGGCCAAAGAGAUGAAAGAAGGAAAUGGAUACAGUGCUUUAAUGGUAAGAAUCAUAUAAUCUAGUGUUCAAAUAAAUAUGGUUUAUGCAGCAGUAUAACACCCAAAUCAAAGGUAUAAUUGCUCCGAAUUGGGUUUAACCUGAAAUGAUCAUUUUCAUUAUCUUUCCAUGGAUCUUUCCUCUGAUUCACACAGUGAUGUAAUCACUGAUGUAAAUACUGUGAAACUCUUUGUUAAUCUUGUUGUCUCCACAAAAUUGGAAUUAAGCCCCAAAACUUGAGAAUGCUGUAGUAAAAGUCCAUUUAAGUAUCUCAUUUGAAAGCUUUGGUACUAACUAACUCUGGUUGAAAUCAAUAUUCUUUACAUAUUAUUGCAACAAAAACCACAAAGCUUUGUGCUCAGUGAGGUAUUAUUUAAAAUUAGCUAGUUGUAAGUAAGUUACAAUCCGAAAUAAGUGUAAGUAUAUAUGAAUUGGUAUUAGAAAAGUUUUGGUAAUGAAGUUAAUAAAAAAAAAAUUAGUACUGUUUAAACAUGUGAUGAGCUGAUCAAGGAUCAUCAGCCUUGUGGUUAAAAAUUGAGAUUACAACCUUUUCAGCCUGUAACUGAACAAUGUCUUUUCACUUUGCUUACAGAUGUUACAGCAAUAAUAUUUGUCGUUGCAUGCAGUAGUUACAAUUUGGUACUAAGAGAAGAUCCUAGCCAGGUAAGUUUGUCUUGUAUCUCAUCUUCUGCAAGAAUGGUGAAAAGGAAAUAAAUACAAUGUUUCCUCGUGUAACAUGCUUAAAAGUUUGGGAGGGAGGACCUAAAAUAUAUCCUUACUCAAUAUGCCACUCUUAAACUCUGUUGUCGCACUUUUGGCACUCAAUGUGGUAGAUUGUGAUUUUACUCUGUGGCGGGAACAUACAUGGAAAAAAUUUUGAAAUAUCGACUGACCUCUGAGAGAUUCUUGGUAACUAAGUCAUGAAACUAAGUUCAUAUGACAAAUAUCCUUGAUCCCAUGUGGAUUUUAAUUAUGAUUUAUCGAACAAACAUGAUGGAAAUGUGGGUUAUGGUUGACUGGUGUUUCAAGUUAGGGCAGUUUUAUGCCCAAAGAGAAAGAAAUGUGUCAUAAAAUUGUCAUCAUUCAACGUCAUUGUUUUGGUUUUUUACCAACUUCACUACCAUUAUUAUUUUGCGAAAUGAUCAUAAUAACUUUUGAUCACUGGUGGCUGUGCGAGAUAUUUGUGAUGGCCUAACUACAGCACAUGUGACAGUGGAGGUGUCAUGGGUUUGAGUUCAGUUGUAAACACUUAAAUUUUUUUUUCUCCAAGUAUAUUGGUGUCUUUGACCAAACAACAUCAACAAUCUCUUCUUUUUGUUGAAGGAAGUUAUCACAGAGUACUAAUUUUGAUGUCAACUCUUUAAUCAUGUUCAUUUGGUGAUGACUAGUAUUGAUGCAGCCUUCUUAAACGAGUGGAACUCCUUCUUCACUCCUGUGAUUAGUUUCUGAACCCUUUAACUCCUAAGAUCUGAUUGUUAAUUCUCCCUUCUAAUUUCUACAGAUUUCCUUGUAAAUAAGUUACAAGAAUUCAGUGUUAGAUCUGAGUUACAAGUUUGAGUGUUUUCAUAACCUGUUUACUGGAAAAUGUAUGGAUAUGGUAAAGAGGUGAAAUUUUAAUCACUUCUGGGAGUCAAAGGGUUAAGCUUGAUGAAUGAAAAGUCUUCAAUUGUUGUUACUGGCUUUUAAAAUAAUGAUAUACAAGUCUUAUAAAUUCCUUUUUUUUCCUCAGAAUCGGUUGAAGGAGAGUCUUGAAUUAUUCAAAAGUAUUUGGAAUAACAGGUUUGUGAACUGACAGUAUUAUUCAGUAAAAAUUGGAACAAAUAGUUUAUCUUAAGUGGAAUAGUAUUGAACAGCCAGCUAAAAGAGUUUUCCUAAUAUUAUUAUGCUGCUUGCAGCACCCAUCGGGUGUAUGAAUCAAAUCCUGUGUUAUGAUUGGCUACCAUGUGGGGGGAAGAUGGACCCAUCUUGCCUGCACAGGACUGCCUGCUUUGAUUCCAGGCAAGGGGGGAAAAAAAAAAAAAGGUUUAUAAUUUUUGGACUUUGUCAUUGAUGGAGUCACAAAAAGGGGCAGAAGACUGUCUUAUCAAAGAAAACUUACAAGACUCCACAGGUUUAAUGUGCUUCAACACAAUUGGCUUUCUAUCCCAGUGCUUAAAAUACAUGAGUCAUUCUUGAUUCUUAAUAAAGUGAGGUGGUUUUGCUAUAUCAUAAAUCCGACAAAGCUUGUUCAGUUAAGAUGGCUGGAUAUUAGCCUUGUUCUUUAUUUGGGUUUUUAUUGACCAAGACUUCAACUUGGUCCAUAAAAACACAGAGAAAGAAUUUGGUUAAUGUCUAGCCAUUUUGACCUCCUGCUUGGUCAAUAACACAUUUGUAAAUCUUAUUUUGAAGAGGCUCUUCUGUCAGCCCCUGAAAUUAUUGAAAUGAGUGGGUUAUAAAUGGCAUACGCAUAGCGGCCAACAGUAAAGUGAAUGUUCCAAGGGUUGUUGGAGAGAUUUGAAGGAAUAAGUUAAAAAGAACAGAGAGCAUUUUUUUUCCUACUUAUACUUGCAAAUGGUCAUUUUUAGUUUGUGAAAACCUUGAAUGUAUAGUAAUAUCAUCCAUUCUCAGAACCUUUUAACUACUUUGGAUGUUAGCUGAUCAAACUGUUCAAUAUUACAGACAUACUUUAUUUGUUGCAUAUCACAAACAAUCGACCAAAGCAAAAUAACAAAAGAGCUGUCCAUAUGAUAAUACAGCACUCAAAUGUUUCUCAAAGGGGUGUUUUUUUUGUCAUUUGUAAAUCACAAGGUUAAGUUACAAUAGGAUCCCUAAUUUAUUUUUAGCCACAAUGCCUACCUUUGAAUCUUUUGAAUUAAGCUAUGUCUAUGUUCAUGGUGCCUUAAGGCAUUUUUGAACUGUCUGUGCAUCUGUAGAGCAGUAAUCACGUAGUAUGUAGUGUAUUAGUACCAUAGUUGCAGUCAAGUUUUAUGUUUUGCACAAACCCAGCAGAUAAAGUGAUGGAAGGGGUGAAUUUCUGUUUAUUGUUAGCUUUGUGGUUCCCACACAAUGUUAAUAGUGUACCAAAUACAUGCCCAAGUCUUGCCAUAAAUCACCUUUAGAUGUGAUUACUUAAGUAUUGAGCAACAUUUUGAAAAAUAUUUACAUGGAAUGUUUUCUGAAGUUGUCAAAAAAUGUUUUGAAGUUUUGAUGUCAGUCAAAUUCGAGAAAAUCGUUUUCCAUUGUUCUAUUCUUAAAUUGGAAUUAUUUAAACUUAGCAGAAUGCAUGUGGAAUCAAGACAAUGGUUUAAAGGGAUUAUGCUCUCCCAGCUUUACCUAAAGAUCCUUCCAAGCAUAUAUAUUUUUUAAAGACUGUAAUGCUUUGAGUCUGUCUUUAUUCGUUUUAGAAAUUUGGUAAGAAUGCAAGAAGUGCUCAACGGCAGAACAAAUAAAAGUAAUACUGUAAUUGUUUUAUUUCUUCCCAGAUGGUUGAGAACAAUCUCAGUAAUAUUGUUUCUCAACAAACAAGAUUUGCUUAAAGAAAAGGUGCGGGCUGGCAAGUCCAAGAUUGAGGACUAUUUCCCGGACUUUGCGCGUUACAGAACUCCUCCUGAUGGUAAGACGUACACAAGAAAAUCAACCUCAUAAUGGUGUAGCUCACUGUAGAGUCUCUGUGUCUGAGUGUUAGGAAAUGGGAACACCUAAUACGAACCCCUGUGGUUCGAUUCCUCAUGGGGAUCAGAUUUUUUUUGUCAGACGCUUGUGACGAGACGGGAAAAAACCCUUUUCUCUAGAAAAAAUGGAGUUAGGGUUUUGAGGAGGGCUUUAUAUACGGUUCCUUCCAAUGACUUGAUUUUAACCGUGGAAUACCUCAGAGGCUUAAAAAGGUCAUGUUUUUGAAUCGUGAUUGGUGCAUUUCUACUUAUUUUGUUUCGUGCUUAGUUAUUAUGUCAUUAACAAGCACGUUAGUGUAUUUUUUCGCUGUAUCUACUCUUUAAAAUUUGAUUAUAAAUUGAGCUACAAAGUAUUCGCUAACUUUUCGGAAAUUUAAACAUUCCCUGCUAUCUGAAUCGUGGCUUUUUUACGUCCUCAGUUAGUUCUUUGUUUUGGUUAAUGGUCCGGAAAUAUGAUUGAUUUGGUGUAGGUAGUGUAUUGAGUACAACUGAAAGUGUAUUAGUGUUCAGUGUGCAUUGAUUUGAGUCAGGCAAUCUAACGUGAAUCUAUGAGAGUUUUUUCUAGCUGAUAAGUUAAUGUGCGCCACAAUGAGCAACAUAACAGUGUCAACGCGGUUAGGAAACUAACUUUUCUUGCCAAAUAGCAAUUUAUUCACUGGGUAGUGGCUACCCAUCCUUCAGUCAAUUGAAAGCUCUCUUCUUUUUGUCUGAAUUUUAAAACAAAAUAAAAUGAGACGGGCACUAGCCUAUAUCUUCUGUAGUAUCUUCUUUAACAACAGUCCAUCGUCUCUUCACUUACAUUGUUUUUUGUUUAGCCACGGCAGAGCCUGGGGAUGAGGAAUCGGUGACAAGAGCUAAAUAUUUUAUUCGUGAUGAAUUCCUUGUAAGUACUGCUUGGAUUCUCAUUUAAAGGGAGCCUCGUUGAUGUCUUUAUUUCCUAAUUGUAGGACAGCCUUCAAAGUGAUAUAAAAGAUUGCAUUAGUUUUCUCUGUUGGCAUUAUGAUUACGUAACGAUCACAUUUAGCUCUCUACUUCUGAUAGAUAUCAGCCUCUAUCCGUUCGAGGAAUUAACCGCGUGGGAAAAAACUCCAAUAUUCCAUUUAAGAAAUUUCCUCUGUCUUCCCCCCCCCACAACCCUCCACCUUCGCCGCAUGUCAUAUUGCCUUGGGAUUUCAUGUAACAGUUCUCUUUUGUCUCAUCUAGCGGAUCAGCACAGCCAGCGGAGAUGGUAAACAUUACUGUUAUCCACACUUUACAUGCGCAGUAGACACGGAGAAUAUUCGACGGGUGUUCAACGACUGCCGCGACAUAAUCCAGCGGAUGCAUCUCCGCCAGUAUGAGCUUCUGUGAUGGGUUCCCUCUUCUCCUUCCCCAACUUUUCAUCCAGCUUUCUGAACAGCCCUGACCAAGGCUGCUUGCCAUGUUCUGUGCUAUUAUACCACACAAACAUUCAGCUGUUUUAUUCCGAUAUGGGACGGGGAAUGCAGUGGGGCGUCGGCUUCAAUGUCUACUCCAAACAUACCAGCGAUGAAAUUAUGUCAGAAACCAGCCUUGUAAAGUAGUGUACAAAAAAAAAUUUAAUGCAGUGGAAUAAUGUAGCGUUUAGUUUUCUGUGGCUUUUCACAGGACUUUGUCUGUCAGCUGUAUCGUUCUGUGCCGAGAAAAGGAGAAUUUCGUUGGGGGUGGGGGACGGGGGAUUUAGCGCGUGGUGUCUGUCCACAUAGCGUUCUUUGGUUCUUAGUCCUCUUUGAAACUCGAAAACUUAUCCUAGAAGAUGAAUUUCUUAUCGCACGUUCCUGGCCGUAGGCGCCAAGAACUCAGCCAAUGAAAUUUGCUAGAUCUUGAAAAAAACUCAACAGUGUGCAGGCAAAGAAAAUGUAUUUGUGAGAUUGGUUACUCAUGUCAGUGAAGACGAAGUUGUCUUCCUGGUGGUUACCAUAGAAACGAAACGUGCCAGCGCUCUCGGUAGAAAUUUGUCUUUCUUUUUUAAGACGCGUGAAAACUCUUAACAAGAAUUUUCUUUCUUCAUGGUACCUGGUGACCGAGUAAAUUAAAAU